AUGGACUCAACACCAACGACCCCGCAACCUCUCCCUCCGCUCUCCAUCAAAUCCUCUCCUCGCAAACUCCCCAUCAAACGCAAAACCCCCCACCACCACCACCCUGACUCCUCUUCCUCUAAACCUAACCCUAAUUUCCUCUCCCCCAAACUCGAAUCCCCACGAGACGACGAAAGCUCCGCCGCCGCCGCCGCCGCCAAAACGCCGCCAUUCAAAUUCCACCGAAUAUGGACCGAGCCCGACGAAAUCCGAUUCCUCCAAGGCCUCCUCCACUGCAAUUCCCAGGGUCUCUCCUUCCCCAAAGACCUCCACCUCUUCUUCGACCAGUUCUCCAAUUCCAUGUCUCAGCCUUACACCAAAUCCCAGCUCUCCGAGAAGCUCCGCCGCCUCCGAAAGAAGUUCCGCGUCAUUUCCGCCAGACUCGCCCGCGGCCUCAACCCUUCCAUGCUCUCCCCUCACGAUCGCGCUCUCUUCGACCUCUCCAAGUCCCUCUGGAGCCCCCAAAUCCAAUCCUAUGAUGCCACUGCCGACGAUGAUAAUGAUGAUGAGGAGGAGAACGAGGAGUUUUGCGGUGGUUUGGGAAUGGGCGUUGUGGGGGCAAAGGCCGUGUUGGAUGUGUUUGAUCAGUGUUUGAAGGAGGUUCGGGCGGUUCUCCUUCGCCGGGGGCUGCUUCUGUCGGACAAUAAUAAGUCUUCUUCGAAAGCUAUGGACUUCGAGAGGCGGUGGCAGGAGCAAAGGGUGGCGGAAUUGGACGUUUUCGCUCGCCGAUUGAGGUUGGUUCUCGACAACUCUCUUCGUAGGCAAUGA